GAUGUAAAUUAGCGUGAGUCCCUAUGCCAUGCUGGCCGGAAACGUUGUCCCAAAACAAAUCAAGUUUAUGGUCUACCGUCUUGAGGCUGAUGAAAGAAGAUCUUAACGUUUUAUUUGUAGUUCAUUAUGGAUCUUCCGGACCCGCAGUGGCAACAAUAUGUAGCGCUGAAAUGGAAUGAUCUCAAUCCUGAGCUAAAAGAAAAGUUCACUUCUCUACUUGAAAUAGAUGAUGUUUUUAAAUUUGCUCUGAAUCUGACAAACCAAAACGAGCUGGAUUUUUUGCAGUCCGUCUCCACAGGACAUCUAGUGGAAAAAGACCCAGAAGAAGCAGCCAAAAGCAGAGAGAGAGGGAACUCCAGCUUCAAGGCUAAACACUACAAAGCUGCAGCUCUGCACUAUUCACAGGGGAUUUGUUUAGCUCCUCAAAGUUCAGAGCAGCUGUGUUUGUGCUAUGCAAACCGCUCCGCGGCACUCUAUCAUCUGCAGAGCUACCAGGAAUGCCUUGGUGACAUUAACAAAGCCCUAGACAGCGACUAUCCGACUCAUCUUUCACACAAGCUGCUGGAUCGUCGAAGUCUCUGCCUGAACCACCUCGCUGGGAGAGAAAACAAAAGCGGGGCCGACGGCAGUCCUGCCUCCAAGAAGAACGAAAGUGCUGCUGGUGGAGGUCUCGGAUUCGGGACUUGUGUCAAAGUUUCGGCUGAACACAGUGCUGAAAAGGGUCGACACCUGCUGGCUGGAGAGUACGUAGCAGCUGGAGAGGUUAUUCUCGUGGACAGGCCGUACAGCUGUGUGCUCAUACCGGGUAAAAGAGGAGGACAAGGGGUGUUUGGGAUGGAGCAGAGGUGCUGCCACUGGUGUUUAGCGGAGACUCUGAGUCCGGUGCAGUGUGAGGGGUGCAGUUAUAGCAGAUACUGUUCUGCUGCUUGUCAGAGAGCCGCCUGGGAAGAGCAUCACCGCUGGGAGUGUCCGCUGGGAGCUGAUCUGAUAGCGAUGGGAGUAGUGGCACACCUUGCUCUGAGGGUAACUCUAAAGGCGGGGUUAGCAAACAUCCAGGAAGCAAGGCGGCCAAUCGAGCAGAAGAAUUUAAAUCCAAAUAGUGAUUCUUACCGGAGUGUGUUUCAUUUACUGCACCACAUCACUCAGCAUAGUGCCGCUCUGCGCUUUCUGUGUGCAGUUACUAUAGCAACACUGUGCAGGAAACUCAGCCAGGGCGUUUCUCUUCCUGAGUCUUGGAGGAUCAGAGAGCUGUCGUCAUCAGAGGAAGGGGGUGCAGAGGGGAACUCUGAGCUCUGGGAGGUGGGAAGUGCAGCGCUGAGGCACAUGCUGCAGCUGAGGUGUAAUGCUCAGGCCAUCACCUCACUGCUAGAUACAGGAGCUGAAACCUCUCUGGUGCAGUCCACACAGGAAGUCCGCGUUGCCACGGCCAUUUUUCCAACUCUCAGUCUACUCAAUCACUCCUGUAAUCCUAACACCAGCCUGGUGUUCAGCACCGGAACCACAGCUGAUCUCUGCGGUCCAGAUGAGUCUGCAGACAUCGGUGAAGGUCUUCCAGAGGUCAAACGUGAGGCUCGCGGGGUCACAGUGACAGUCAGAGCAGCGAGGCCUAUUAAACCCCAACAGGAGAUCUUACACUGCUACGGUCCUCACAGCAGUAGGAUGGUGACUCAAGAACGCCAGAGCCUCCUGCAGGAACAGUACUACUUCCUGUGUCAGUGUGAGGCCUGCAGCCUGCAGGAGGGUCAGCAGCAGUGGAGCGGUACCAGAGGAGGCAGGAAUGAGUCUGGACUCUUGUGUUAUAAGUGCAAAGGAGCUCUCAAAAAAAACUGCGACAACAGAGGAGAUUUUACUUGUUCUCUGCUAACCUGUGGUCAUUGUAUGAGGUCAGCAGAGGUGAGCAACGACCUGCAGGAGGUCAGGGAUGUUCUGGAGAAGGCUGUAGAACUGAUGGAGAGGGAAAUGCCAGAAAAGGCGCUGCAACUACUGAAAAGGACUAAGAGUGCAUCUGGACUGAUGCUCGGAGAGACACAUCCUCUGCAAGGGGAGCUGGCUGAUGCCACAGCCAGAGCGUACGCAUCCAUGGGUGACUGGAAGAAUGCAGCGGCUCAUCUGGAGCAAAGUGUCGCAGCUACUGGCUCCCAGUUUGGAGAAGACAGCAUUGAAUUGGGCCGGCAGCUUUUCAAAUUAGCUCAGCUGCACUUUAACAGCGGCACCAGAGGCCCGGCUCUUUCUGUCAUUCCCAAAGCCAGGAGAAUCUUCUACCUCCAUUGUGACCCUCAAUGCCCUGAACUACAGGAACUGAAGGCCAUGGAGGAGUGUCUGCAAGCCUACACCUGCAGAUAGAAACUGCAGCUAAAAUCCAAAACGUUUUGUGUUCAAUAAAAAUUGAUUAGAUGUAAGAAAACAA